AUGCAAGUAUUCUUCUUUCUCCUCCUGGAGCUUUCUUCUGUGGCGGGCUUCACUGGAUUGUGGUCUCGAUCUUCUGGCUGGAGAAACCAAGCUCACACUUCAUAUUCUUCUUGGCUGAGAGUCGUUGCUCUGUCCCCUGAUGCCGACGGCACUACAGACCAAGAUGAUUUCAGUCUCCUUAGGAAUGCUACAAAUAAUAAGGCACCGGUGAGAAGCAAUGAAAUAGGCAAUGGACGGAUAGACUUCAAUCAAUUGAGUGAGAUGAAAGAGUCAAUCGACAUUAUAUCGGUCAUUGAGUCAUAUAAUCUAGAUCGCUUCGAACGGAAAUCCGACGAUCGAGCUACAGCUCUUUGUCCCUUUCACGAUGAUGAGAAUCCUUCCCUUUCGAUUGAUCGAACGAGAAAAAUGUACAAGUGUUUUUCAUGCGGAGCCGGGGGAGAUGCUUUCCGUUUUGUUCGUGAAUAUAGUAAACUAAAAGGCCAGCAAAUGUCGUUUUAUGAGGCCGUUCUCGAAGUCAGCACGAAGUUUGGCGACGGCCAUGUCGAAGGGAUCGGAAAGUCUGUCCAAGCGGAAAGCCCCGAGCUUCGACAGCGCAAAGAACGCACACUGUACGCGAACGCCGUUGCGGCAGCAUUCUACGCAACUUGCCUGACAAAGCCCUCCGCAGGAGGUGCCCGGCAGUACCUCCGGCAGCGCGGGUUGACUCCAGAAGCUGUUCGAACGUUCGCCUUGGGAUUUGCUCCGGAUUUCUAUUACGGUGCCAACCGAUCGCGAAAGAAAUGGGGAGAGGAUAGUUUGGUACAGCAUAUGCAAAGUCUUAACUUCACUGUAGAUGAGCUUUUGGAAGCUGGAUUAGCGACUGAGACAAAGACGACGGAAGAACCUGUCCAAAAGUUUUCCUUUGGAGAAGAUCCAUUACUAGAAGGCGCUUUUACUUCAAAACCAACAAGUACAAGUUGCCCUUUCGAUUCAAUCAUCGAUCGGUUUCGUUUUCGAAUUGUUGUUCCGAUAAUGGACAAGGCGGGAGCGAACGUUUUGGGAUUUGGAGGGCGCAUCUUGCCUUCGAUCGUAGAAAUGCCCAACGCCUACAAUCCUCCGAAGUACUUGAACAGUCCGGAGUCACUUGUUUUUAAGAAAAAGUGCAUUCUAUUUGGUCACAGUUUGGCUAAAGAGACUGUGAAGCAACCAAAAAAAAGCGAGCACGAGCAACUGGCGAACACUUUGAUUCUUGUCGAAGGAUAUAUGGAUGUUAUGUCUCUUUGGACAAUCGGCGUUAGAAACGUGGUAGCAGCCAUGGGAACCGCUGUCACUAUGGACCAACUGGCUAUCGCAGCAAAAAGCAUUCGAAAUGGAAACUUAGUGCUGUGUCUGGAUAAUGACAGCGCUGGAUUAUUGGCGCUCGAAAGGCUUUGUUCGAAUGGAUUACUUUCGCGGAUCGUAUCGAAGUACGGGACUGAGAUUAGCAUUGCUUUACUUCCAAGCGGAAUCAAAGACCCAGGGGAGUUCAUAGAAUCCAAAGCUGAAGCGGCCUCAACAACCAUUGCCGAUGCCUUUCAAACCGAGGUACUUUCUAAAUCGCAAGAUUGGAUUGACUGGUAUUUGCAGCAAUUGCUGGAGAGCUAUGAUUCCAAGGCCGGUAGAGGUAGGGCCGGUAGUUUCGGCGAUGUUUUUGAACGUGUUGCAAAUUUUUUGGCCAACAAUAUGGGUCCAGCGGAUCGAACGAAACAUGCGUGCGAAAUUGCCGUGUCUCUUGCUAAGACAACUGCAAACGAAAUGGGCUCUGAUCACGCAUCAAGCGCGGUCCAAAACCAGUUAGAGUCAGAUCUUAUUGAUCUCUCUUCUCGUUUAGCGGAGAAAAAGAGAGCCAUUCAGAGGCGGACUGAGUUGGUGAAUUCAGAUGGUAAUGUAGGAUCACAGAAAGAUGCUCUUUUUGCGUUAACUAGAGGGAGCGGGCCAAGUGCGGAUGAAAGUGAUAAGCUUUCAAGUAGUGCGUCAAAAGGUAGCGAUCUGCUUUCAGUUGCUCUAAACGACGUAGAUUUGCUAGACAAGUUUCCCGCACCCUCUUUUGAAAGAGCAUCUCUAACCAGGAGAAAACGGACACAUGAUGCGGCAAUUUCCAGAACUCUGAACAAGGCUUUGACGCCACAUUUCUCAGGUUUUCGGUUUAUGUACAAGAGUGACUCACAGUGGCUGGGUGUCGAUGAAGAUAAGCUAAAAGGCGGCGAAUUGACCUUGGGCUAUAUCAAGAAUACCUGGCGAAAGAAAGAAAAGAGUAUUUAUUUCAAUUCUAACGAUUAUCAUGGCCAUCAAUUUCUCACUGAAGAUGCUAUGGACGCAGGUUAUGUCAACCGCAAUGUUAGACGUGACCCUUCGUUUGUCGAAAAGGGCGUCGCCUGUUUAGUCUACCGAGACACGGAGCUGAUGCUGAAGACUGCAGAAGAUAACAUGCUGACUACGCUUGUGGACUGCCCAUCAGCGCGCACAGUAUUGAAGAAUAUGCUUGAUGCACGCUCGGCUACUGGGUCCAGCAAUCUAGUUGAGUGGACCAAUACCGAAAAAGAAUGGCUCUUUUCUACUUUGGUAUAUUCCUCUUCUUCCAUCCCAGAAGGCUGCACCAAUCGAACUGAAUUGAUGCGCUUUCUUAAACGUAUUCCUGACUGUCCACCUCAGGCUUUUAUCCAUACCACGGUGUCCGCAAAUCGCAACAGCAAUUCAAAAAAGGACUAUACCAAGAGUCUUCCUGAAUCUUCAAAUGAGGUGAUUGGCGGGAAAGAAAUUUAUGGAAGAUUUGAUACCUACUCUAAAGUAGGGAACGGGACUUUAUCCCUCUUCUUCAACGGAGUUCGAAACGAUCUGGAUAGCGCAGCCUCUUUGAACGUAACCCGAGUAAACGUUCUUACACAAGAGCGCUGGGCCGCUGUACUGUGGGCAUCCACGGCACAUCAAGCAAGACAAAUUCGAGAAAAGUUGCUAUCGCUCUCGAAUGCUAUGGAAGGUCGUACGGCGACUGGCAUCAAAAACGUCCGUUUUGCUGUAUCACCAGAAGUUACGCUCAGCUCAGACCAUCCAGUAGAAGGCGACGGAAAUCCUUGUGACUCAACAAGGCUCCGUGACCUCACCAUUGCUCUGCAAAACAAGAAUCGUGUUCUUCAAACACUUUCUGAUUCUUCAAAGCGCCUUUGGACGAAGCUGGUUGAUGAGACUCUGUCUGACGGUAUAGAGGGACAUGUUUCGGCAUCCCUUCAAAUGGACCUAUCAGUCAGGUUAGACGAAUAUUUAAACGCAUUCAUCGACGUCCCUUCGCAGAAAGUGGAAACGACACAGAAACUGGAAACGAUAUUGUCGGGCUUAGAAGAUGAAGAGCCUUACGAAGAUACACUUGAGCGAAUAGCGAAAGAUUGGGGUGAAUGGGCAGACGACGAUUAUUUAUGGACAAUGGAUGACGCCAUUAGCAAGACGAAUAAAAAGCAGGUUGCUUCCCCAGACUUAAUUUCAGCAAUUACCGAAGACGAAGAUGACGAAAAUGUGGAAGAUGCACUACAAAGGAUUUCUCGAGAUUGGGCUGAGUGGGAUGAGUGA